GAACUUGACUUGUGUGUUUUCGUUUUCACAAACAUGGAUGUGUGUCAGAUAAUUGAUUUUCUUGUCUUGCUUUCGCAUCAUGACACGUAGCGUCAACCUCUGGACAGAUUAAGUGGACUCUUUACCUUGAAUCGACCGCCGGAAAUCAAAAUCUGGCCUUUUCUCGAGUAAAUUCAGGUUAAGCUCUUCUUUGCAGAGCGUGGUGCGGCGCUCCUUUUGUCUUUGUGUUGUGUUGAUCGUGUCAACAUGGACAUGCAUGGGUUCAGCGAGGCCCUUUUGGUGAAAAGAUUCUUGGACGGUGGCGUUUCCGAAGUCACGAACAUGUCUGACAUGAACAAGGCGAAUCCUCACGGCUGCGACAACGGGGCUCUGACAGACAGGUUCGGCGUCCUGAUCCAGGGACUCCUGGCCAUCAUUGCCUUCAGCACCCUGAUGUUGAAGAGGUUCCGGGAGCCUGUAUGGAUCAGACGACCCUGGAGGAUCUGGUUUUAUGACACAUCCAAGCAGGCCAUCGGUGCUCUUUUCAUCCACUUUGCCAACGUCUUCCUGUCCACGCUCACCAAAGAGGACCCAUGCUCCCUGUAUCUGAUGAACUUCCUGCUGGACGCCACGUUGGGGAUGCUGGUCAUCUGGUUGGCUGUGAAGUUGGUGUCCAAACUAGUGGAGUACAAGCAGUGGGCGUUGCUCAUGUUUGGAGAAUACGGUGACCCUCCCCGGGCAGCAGCAUGGCUGGGUCAGUGUGGCGUCUACCUGCUCAUCAUGGUGCUGGAGAAAGGUGUGAUCAGCUUGGUGCUGCUCGUCCCCGGAUGGACCAAAUUGCAGGAGGUGUUGCUGAGCUACAUUACUAACCCUCAGGUGGAGCUGGCGCUGGUCAUGCUCAUUGUGCCCUUCAUAGUGAAUUCCAUCAUGUUCUGGGUGGUGGACAGCUUGACAAUGAGGAAGUACAAGACGAUGAAGAGCCUGGAUGACUCCUGUGACAGCUCGGCGAAGAAGACUGACUCGCUGCCCCGGGCAAACAUUGAUGACACACGGGUCCUGCUGACCGUCGAGACAGACACAGAUGAGGCUUCAGAGGGGGAAGAAGACCCCAGCGAUGUCGGACCAGUCCCUCAUGUGCAGUAUUCUGGAGGACCACUGAGACCCAGCUGGGUGGUGGCGUAAACCCAGGUGAUGUGACCUCUUCCGUCCACUAUCCACACACAAAACACUCUUAAGAGCCUUAAUAUGAGCACACAGAAAAACUAAAGGUCUAAAUAUCCUCAUGCAGUAUAAGGCACAGUCAUAUAACCUGUGAAUGUGAACACUACAGCCUUAGCUGCCUUCUUCUGCACUGAAGGUGUGAAUUGUUACAACUGGAGUUUGACUCAGUAUAUGCAUGUAAAUCAAAUAGCAUUUUGGGAAAUAAAAGCUCUUUAUCCUCUCACCUUGCUGCCUCCGAUUGCUGCAAAAGAAAAUCUCAGUAACCACAACUGAACGUGUGUGGAGAAAGAUUAUUAAGGAGUACAGCAGCCGCAGGGCAAAAUGUGCGGGUGGUAAUACAGUCUCCACACUGGGGACUUCUGGGAAUGAUGUUUCUCUAAAGAGAGUCAUUUAUCAUGUAUCAUAUUCCAAAGAGGAGCAAGAGAGUAAAGUACAUAGUAAGAGUUCUAAGAUUUUACUCAAAUAGAAUCACUUUAAAUCUACCUUUUUAAAUUUAUAAUUAUAGUCAUUGCUGCACGUUCUCCCUCUGGCUGCUUAUUUUAAGUUUGAAAGGGGGUUAAUGGUUUCUUAAAACUACCUGUUGAUUUUUAAUUGUUUUUUUUUCGGCUGCUGCAGUCACGAUGGAUCACAUCUUGUUGAAAGCCGUGGUUAAAUGGAAACGCUUUUGUUCUUUGCAACAGGCUGCUUCUAAAAGAUGUAUAUCUGGGUGGGAAAUCAUUUCAUGUCAUGGUUUAAAGGACCAGGACAAACUAUGUUUCUGCAAUGAUUUGUAUGUUUGUUAUAUAUGAUGGAGUAUUGGGGCCACUGUUUGUGGGGAAAAAAAUGUGAGAUUUUCAGAAUAAUGUAAUAUUUUGAGGAAAAAAUUCAAGUUUUAGAAAAAGUCAAACAAGACAAAGGUCAGGAUACUUUAGGGGAAGCUUAGUCUAAAUGUUUCUAGUGUAAGUACACUGUUUUUGACUCACUCUCUAAAAGGAAAAGCCUUUCUUUCCAAGAGUUAGCUAAGAUGAUGAAUAGCAUUUACACAUCUACAUGCUAAAUAAUGAAGCUGAAAGAUCACUUAUUAACAUGUUGGAUCUUGUUCAUUUAAUCUUUACCAAAUCCAGAGUUCAUAAACAACAUGUUGGGGUCUCGUGAGGAGUUAUAUGGGGGCUUUUUCUUGGUUGGGUGCAGUGACUUCCUGAACUUCCGAUCUUUGCUAGCUGUUUCCCUAACCAUGUCCUAUUUAACGGAGACAUAUUAGAGUGGUAUUGAUAUUGGUUUUUUAAAAAUAAGAUCAGAAUUUUUGUUGACAUUUUUCAAAAUGUAACGACCCAUUUUUUGAAAUGUUAUGUCUUUACAUGUGUUACUGUUUAUAAAAUUUUAAAAGUUUAUAUUUUUAUAAUUUGUACAACUUUAUUUUGUUUUUAUUCUGAAAAUCUCCAUUUCCAAUUUUUUUUUCCCCCUAAAAUGUCCCUCUCAUCAUAAUAAUACUCUCAGAGGGAUGAUACAGUAUCUGUGUUGAAUGUUUGCAAGGUUAUGGCACAUUACUUUUAUUUAUUCUGGUCAUAUUUUACUUGCACUUGACUUUAAAUAGUAUGUUGUGGUCCAAUCUGUGGUAACAACAUUAGAAUGGGAGAAUUAAAGUAGAGCAAGUGGGAGAAUCACCAAACUGCAGGUGGUAAAUGAGCUCUGUGCUUGGUGUGAUUGACAUACAUGUCAUCAGAUAUUUUGCUAUUUAUCAUCGAAACAUUCCUUUCCAUUCUCCUGUUAACAUGUACGGUUUAAUAUCAGGAAGGUUUAGUUUGAAAUACUCCAUCUGUAUGUAUGUAUCAUGUUUUACUUUUUGUUCCACUAUAUCUUGUAUGUAUUUCUUUUUGUAAACCGCAUUAUGUGGACAAAAUGGCACAGCGUGACCUGAAGUGUCAUUAACGGACUGAAAACUAUCACGGUGCUUCUUACAGAAUGUAUUUCUUAAAUCUGUACUAUGAAUAAAGAUGAUUGACAUAUGAA